UAACUAUUCGAUAUCGAGAAAGUUGGGGGAACCCUUUAAUUACAAACUACUCGCGGCGCAGUCGUUGUCCUGCUCUCUUUGUUCCUCUGAUAUUGAUAUACAGACACAUUGGCUCUUGCUUCAUCACCAACUACAGUUGUUUGUUGUUGGUAUCUGCACGCAGCUUCUGUAUCUGUCGAAUUGGUCUACCUAAAUGUUUAGGUUGAAGCGUGAUCGGAAUCGCGAAGUCAAAACUGCCGUCGGGCUCGAUUAUUAUUCUCAGAACGGCAUAUCAAUAAGAUGGCCAGAACUUUUGGAUUCUUCGAACAAAGUCGUCAAAGGCCUAGCCAAGCUCGGGAUCAAGGCCACGUCUGACGAGGCAAAGCUCGUUUUGCGAUCUCGGUAUGCGUCAGGCAACAUCGAGAAGGCAAUAGAGCUCUUUCGCUACUAUGAAGAUGCUAGCUCUGGAAUGGUACUUGAUGUUCAGGAUGCCCCUUCUUCGACUCCAUCGCAAGGAGGAUCCCUAUCGCCAAGCGUUUCGCCAUCCCUUACACGAUCUCCGGUAAUUGCACCAGCUGCCUCACCGGCUCCUUCUGAGUCCGAUUCGAAUACUCUCAGCGUUAGCUCGGGAACUGCCACCUUGACCCCGAGUCUUAGCUCCUUCCAGCUUUCUCCGUCUUUAUCUCAUCUGUCAUUGGAGAGUGGGGAGAAGAAUUCACUCAUGCCAAUGAAAGGUGCUGAUAAUCUAAAUAACGUGACUUGCUAUAUGGAUUCGCUACUGUUUGCCAUGUACGCACGGCUAGACGUUUUUGAGCCGUUGCUGUACAAAGUGCAAGAAGACCCGGCGAUACGAAAUUUGUCAACCCUGAUUCGAUUGUGGGUCAACCUUCUCCGCUCCGGGAAGCUGAUCACAACGGAUAUCACGGCACAACUUCGGAGUGCGAUUGCUGACUGCGGUUGGCCAGAGGCAGGGAAAGAUCUACAGCAAGAUGCUUCUGAGCUAUUUGUGUUUAUCACGGAGAAGCUUGCGAUGCCAUUACUUACAUUAAAGAUGGAUAUUGCACAUGGAGGCAAGGAGGUCGCAGAUGAUGAUCACAAGUUCGUCAACGAGCGGGUUCUGCAUGUUCCAAUUGGGGGCAGUCCAAGCGAUCCUCCUCUUCGGCUUGAGGCCUGUUUGGAAGACUACUUCUCUGACUCGGUCGUUGUGCGGCGCGAGAUCGAACGUCGUCGUUCAAUGUCUAUUAGCAGUCUGUCAGGAAAGCCUUCUGGAGCGCGCGUUGAAUAUGCUGAAGUCCCCGAGGGACGCAUAAAACGAUCUGGCACUAUUGAUGUUCGUCCCGAAGUUUUUGCAAGGGGCCGACUGGGAGAGUCACCCAGUCCGUCUAGCCCAUCGUUAUCGAGAUUUCGAGAUUUCGUUCCUGACUUUAAAGGAUAUUCUCUUGGUGAUGAAAGUGCGGUGUCUUUGUCGUCGACAAUCUCCCAUGAGACGCCAAUCCCCCCCGAAAGUCUAAGAUCAUCAUCUAUAGUAUCUGCAUUGUCUAUUCCUUCACAAAGGUCUGCCUCAAUUACAACACGUCCGCCUGCAGUCUCCAUUUCGUCGAUGGUGUCAUCUCGCAGACGAUCGACGAUUCGAACCAUCAACAAUGAAAUUUCACUCCCUGCAUGGACAUUCUUACAGCUGCUGCCGUUCUAUACCGACUCCACUCCUCACACCACAUCAGCAGAGCAUUUUGGUCAUAAGCGCCCGGUUCUUCCAAUCUGCCUUAAACGAUACUCCUGGACGGCGGCUGGCAAAGCAGUUCGGAACGACCGCAAAAUAUUGAUUCCGGAGGUCAUUGAGUUCCCUCACUUUGUGGCUGACGAUGAGCAUCCAGAUGGCGCAAACGACGAUACUCUGUCUGGUAAAUUUAGAUUGGUGCUUGAAAGUGCAGUGUGUCAUCGCGGACGAUCUUUGGAUUCCGGGCAUUAUGUUUCGAUCGUUCGAGACUCUUUAUUUAGACGGAGGCAAAAACAAAUGCAGCAGCAAAACCCGGACGAGGUUUCUGCUGACGACGCAAGUUCGAUGACUAGUGGCCCGCUUUCGGGGGAUAAUUGGCUUCUAUUCGACGAUAUGGCGACACCGAAAAUCAAGUCGACAACUUUUCACGAUGCUAUCGACAAAGAGGUUCCUUAUCUGCUAUUUUACCGGAUGGUACAUAUCGAUGAGCCAAUCCAGAUUGAGUCAAAGUGGUCUUCUUUGGAGCCAGUGACCUCGGUCCACUCAGUACCAACUGAUGCCAGCUCUAGUGACGACGAAGUCAUAGUGAUAGACAGUGCAACCGAAGUGGGGUCAGAUCUUACAGACUCUUACAACGGGUUACUGGUCCCUAAUCCAUCGAGAGCCGAUCUUGACGGCAGGAAGGGCGGAAGUCUCGGUGAUGAUCUCCUCCUAACGCAUGCACGGUCAGAAUCUGUGAUGGUCGGGGAUCUUGCGAGUCGAUCCUCGUUGGCAAAGGAGCGUCGACUGGAAAAAAAUCGGAAGCAAAGUGUUGUUAGUAUGCCAGGCGGCUCAACACUUGACCCUGCCGCGACGGAUCCUGCUCAUCAUGGACACAAGUACCAUCGUCACCGCCAUCGGCUUCACCGAAGGCGUCUAGGGAAGAGUGAGAGUGGUGACGACUUUGACGAGGAGGAGCGGUGUGUUGUCUCAUAAUGCGUUUUUGUAUUUAAAAUCUUUCGAGCGCGCUUCUGAAUUGUGGGGUUUCAUUGAGUGAGUUGGAAAAGAAAAGGGCGAGAACAGUAACUGCAUGCAUGCAUUUUUUCAUAUUCAGUUGGUGUUGGCAUGGCUGAUCAGUCGAGGGGUUUGACAGUAAGAGGAGUAAGGUUAUUCUGUUUUUUCUGAUCUCAAGAUCGAAUAUAUUUUCAGCAUCAUCAUUCUCAUCUUAG